AGUUUGAGGCCGCUCGGAGCCUAUGUUUGUCUUGUCUUUGUUCUAUGUUAAAAGGCAUUGAAUGUUUGCCUAUAUGUGUAAUGUGAUCCGCCCUAAGUCCCCUUCGGGGUGAGAAGAGUGGAAUAUAAAUGCUGUAAAUAAAUAAAUAAAUAAAUAAAAUUGGUUGACAACGAUGUUUGUGAUGAAUCACACGCAGUGGCCAUAGAGAAAACGACACAAGAACCAACUGUAGUAGAUAAGAAGGGUAAAGGGGAAAUUUCCAAACAAAGAAAGAUGAUGGUUUAUGAAACUUAACUAUUAUAUUAUAGAUAAUUAUAUAUUAUGUAAUGCAAUAUAAUAUAUAUAUAUAUAUUCAUACAAUUCUUCUAAAGGGUUGGUUUGAUCUGUUAGUCAAGCUGAACAACCGUAUCGUGAAAGGAUGCACAUCUCACCAACUUAGAAAAUGUGGAAAGCUCAGGCGUAGCUUCUCCUGCCACGUCUCACGUCUUGCUCUCUUCCUUCUCUUUGCAGAACCACAGCUGAAAGGCAUCGUGACCAAGCUCUUCUGCCGGCACGGCUAUUACCUCCAAGUCCACCCUGACGGCACCAUCGACGGGACCAGAGAGGACAACGGAUUCACCCUCUUCAACCUGAUCCCGGUGGGCCUGCGCGUGGUGGCCAUCCAGAGCACCAAAUCCGGGCAGUACAUCGCCAUGAACGCCGAAGGCUAUCUCUAUACCUCUGCCCACUUCACUACCGAGUGCCGCUUCAAGGAGUGUGUCAUCGAGAACUACUACGUGAUGUACUCCUCCACCCUCUACCGCCAGCGGGAGUCUGGCCGCUCCUGGUACCUGGGCAUCAACAAGGACGGGCAGGUCAUGAAGGGCAACCGGGUCAAGAAGACCAAGGCCGCCGCCCACUUCCUGCCCAAGCUCCUGGAAGUGGCCUUGUACCGGGAGCCUUCCCUGCACAACGUGGUGGAGCUGGCCCUGAGCAAGAAGGCCGAGGAGGGGAACCCGUCGUCGGGGCCUCCGGGGAAGGAGCCCUCCAAGGCCGAGGCCACGUAGCCCCGCGGCCACGGAGGGACGCCUCCACCCGCCCAAAGCCUCCUCCUCCUCCUUUGCCUCCGGAGGGCGAAUCCUGCGCAGAGGAGCCAUCCUUCUUCCUCAACUCGCAUCGAGCCCCUUCCAUCCCACCAGACGUCUUCCGACCCGGACACCAAGGAUUACUGGAGACCACCCACUGGCCAAUUGGCUCUUGACUUGGCCAUUUUGGGGCUGAGAAGAUAUUCAUUGCACCCCACUUCCCCCACAUUUCAAGCCAUGGGUGCAAUAUGGCACCUGUCCACCAGGGGGCGAUGUUACGAUGCUGCAAACCAUUUCUCCCCGCCCAAAACUGUGACAAAUUCACUGUGGGUUUUCAAUUCCGACGUAUCAUCAGAGAUUCCGAUGUCUCUCUUUUGGUCCAAAUAUAUAUAUAUAUUAAUGGGCCUGUCUCAGUCCAUGCAAAUGAAACGGUGCAGUAAACAGUAACCAACCGGACUCAGAAAAUAUGUAUAUAAAUGUCCUUUUGACCCCCAACAAAAAAGGAUGCUGCAUCAACUAUUACUACUACUACAGGGAAAAAAAGAUCUUCCGUUUCAUAACCGUUUUUUUAAAAAAAGAAAUAAAUAAUUAUAUGCUCUCCUCUUUUCAGCCACUAGGUGGCAGCAUUCUCCCAUGUGAAACCAUUAUAAACCUCACUUUUUGUGGAUUUGUGGAUAUUGCAAUGCAGAAUCCUUUCCAUGGAGACGGGGGAAAUAGAUCCAGCUUUGCUUUCGCCGGCUCAGGGAGCUGAGGAAGGGGAUAACCUUUGAAAAACUACGGUUCUUCUAGCCUUUCUAGAGUCUGACAGUGUCAAAGAACCUCGUGGACUGUCCCCAUCUUCCCGUCUCUGCCUUGCCCCCGUCUCAGAAAAUAAAUAUAUUGCAAUACCAAGGAGGGACGGACGCCUGUGUUGCAAACGAUGCAGUUUUCUUACAUUGGAUUUUCACCAGGAAAAAAUAAACAGACUGCAGUACUGGUUUCGACCACUAGAUGCCAGCAUUGUCCAUUGAGGAAGGAAGUCAUGGCACCUGCUGGCCCACCGUGAAGCGUAAUUCCCCUUUUGGCCACUGGAUGGCAAUAUUGCACUCAUUGGAAGACACUAAGGAUUCCUCUGUGGUCCUCUUUCCUUCCUUCCAAAGGAGGGAAAAUGCAAACUUUUCACAUGCAAUAUUUAUAUUUGGCCACUGAGUGGCAACACCAUGAUCUCAAAAGGGUCAAGCAGGGCAUCUCGAACAUCCAUUCGCAAGGAUCCAAUGGGGCAGAAGAAGGAACCCCACAAAACUGUGCCCCUUUUCACACUCACACACACACAAACUACCCCAGGAUCCUCAAAAUUGCCAUAUGUCUAUUUAUCUUUACAGGGUUUCAACAGGCAAUAAGUUACGGCGGGUGGCGAGGGAGGGAUGGAAUGCUAUGGGGGGUCCAGGGAGGGGGGUAUGGAUGGUGGUGAAUGCUUAUGGGGCUGGAAAAGGGGUCAAGGGCGGAUUCUGCAAGAAGCUGGGUGGAAGAAUAUGGGGGUUUUGAUACACAUAUAUAUAUUCUGUCUUCUAUUGCCUUCUAUAGGUCUUCCAGAAAGCAAACCCAGGGAUUAUGAUUUGCAGAGUUUUUCAUGCAUCUCCCUAUUUUUAAAUAAUGACUGACGAACAGGAGUGUUUUGGACUGAAAAUCCAUUAGGUUAUUAUCAAAGGCUUUCAUGGCCAGAAUCACUGGGUUGCCAUGAGUUUUCGAGAAUGUCUGGCCAUGGUCCACAAGCAUUCUUUCCUGAUGUUUCACCCACAUCUAUGGCAGGCAUUCUCAGAGGUUGUGAGGUCUGUUGGAAACUCAGCAAGUGGGGUUUAUAUAUAUUUUUGUAAUGUCCAGGGUGGGAGAAAGAACUCUUGUCUGUUUGAGGCAAAUAUGAAUGUUCCCACUGACCACUGACUUGAAUAGCCUUGCAGCUUCAAAGCCUGGCUAUUUCCUUCCUAGGAAAAUCCUUCAUUGGGAGGUGUUAGCUGGCUGUGAUUGUUUCCUGUCUAGAAUUCCCCUAGCAGGAAGCAGCCAAGCUUUGAAGCUGCAAGGCUAUUCAAAGCUAAUCAAGCUGGCCAGUUGCAAAAAAUUCACAGAUAAGAGUUCUUUCUUCCACCCUGGGCAUCAUUCCACAUAUAAACCCCAACAGACCUCUCAACCUCGGAGGAUGCCUGCCAUAGAUGUGGGCGAAACGUCAGGAGAGAAUGCUUCUGGAAUGUGGCCAGACAGCCUGGAACACUCACAGCAGCCCAUUAGGUUAUUAUUAUUAUUAUUAUUAUUAUUAUUAUUAUUAUUAUUAUUAUUAUUAUUUGCCUGCCUGUCUCCACAGCUCAAGGCGGGGAUCAACAUUCCGGGGACCCUAAAAUGCAUAGAGCAAAGGUCAAAAGCCAAUAUCAGUAACAUGUAAAUUUGCAACUCAUAUUUUCAAACUGACUCAAUUAUAUGGAGGAGAAUAAAUAUAUUUUUGGAACUGCACUCCAAAAUAAGCCUGUUCCCUGGCUCUGAUGGCAUUCCCUUGUGCAAUUCUCUCCAAACCCAGCCAAUUGGAUUAUUUUGCCCCUUUUUCCAUUGCCUGGCAAUUAACAUAAAUGCCCAAAAAAUCAUUAUUUAAAAAAACAACCAAAAUACCAAUUUUUUUUUUUGCAAGAAGUUGCUUUUUUUUUUUGCAAGUUGCAAGAAGUGGCUGCAAUACUCACCGUGUCCACUAGAUGGAGCCCACAAUAUAUUUACCCCUAGAAUCCCUGAAUAUAUAAGAUUUAAGGGGAAGAUUGGCGCCCCCUCUAGGCUGCCAGGAGCAACAAUUAACCCUUUCAUGCCAUCUAAAGGGCAAUAAGAAGCCUUUGGGAUAGAUCACCCAAUGAAGUCAUUUACCCCAGAAGUGGGCCACAUUUUUUUGCCCAUUGAACCCAGUGUCCAGAGACACUUGACCCUCACCCACUCCCAUAAAGAGUCCCUGUCUCGUAGAUUUCAUUUGCAAACUAUAAGUCCCCUACGUCGAAGGUCAAGCCAAAGGUGUCCCCUCUAAUUAAAUAAUAAUAAUAAUAAUAAUAAUAAUAAUAAUAAUAAUAAUAAUAAUAAUUUUAUUCCCCACCUCUCCUUGGUUUGCCCUUUGAGCCUCACGCUGGUCCAGAUUUUCCAGCCGCAUUUGCGAGAAAUAUUGGUUUUUGUUUAGCAAGGAAGAGAAAAGGAAAGAGAAGGAAGGAAUGGGCGCCACACCAUAAGAACGAAAAGAGCCAUAUCUAUCUAUACCUAUGGAAGGAUUGCGUCUUCCAACCACGUCUUCCACUCUGUGCCAAGUUUAGCAAGAGCCAUAGCUGUCUUGCACCCGAGACAGAGUCCCGAAUCCAGGCCGACACCCCACUCCCCUCCUUGUCUUCAAUGGUUACAGGGUUCAUGCGAACUCAGGAAUUUUACUCCACAUUUCUCUGUCUUGCAAACGGGUGGAACUGCAACAGUACUUGCUUUUAAAUUAUGUUGUAAGAGCUGGACCGAAAAGUCCUUUGAGGGUCUCUGUGUUAUUCUGCAUUUUUCUUGUAUUGCACUCUUCAGCCACUAGAGGGAGAUAGAGAGUCAACGAAUAUUUCCCUUGAAGGGAACAAUACUCAGAGUUACCAGCAGAGGGCAGCAAAGAGUCAAUAGAUAUACAUAUACAGUAGAGUCUCACUUAUCCAACAUAAACGGGCCGGCAAAACGUUGGAUAAGCGAAUAUGUUGGAUAAUAAGGAGAGAUUAAGGAGAAGCCUAUUAAACACCAAAUUAGGUUAUGAUUUAACAAAUUAAGCACCAAAACAUCAUGUUAUACAACAAAUUUGACAGAAAAAGUAGUUCGAUACACAGUAAUACUACGUAGUAAUUACUGUAUUUACGAAUUUAGAAUCAAACUAUCACGAUGUAUUGAAAAUAUUGACUACAAAAAUGUGUUGGAUAAUCCAGAACGUUGGAUAAGCGAAUGUUGGAUAAGUGAGACUCUACUGUACCCUGUUUCCCUGAAAAUAAGACAUCCCCAGAAAAUAAGACCUAGUAGAGGUUCUGCUGAAUUGCUAAAUAUAAGGCCUCCCCCGAAAGUAAGACCUAGCAAAGUUUUUGUUUGGAAGCAUGCAGGAUCGGUAAAUGUACAUACCAUAGAUUGUUGUACAUGGAAAUAAAGAUAGUAACAAUAAAUAAUAAUAAUAAUAAUAUAAUAACUUUAUUCUUGUAUCCCACCUCCAUCUCCCAGAAGGGACUCAGGGAAGCUUACACAGGGACAAGCCCAACGACAACAUAAAUUUACAUAUAAACAGAAAUUUAAAACAGUAAUUUAAAAACAGCAUAGCAAUAAAAUAUAAUAUAGAAAUUCUUGAAAGGAAUUUGGUUAUGCUGGUUUGUGAUGACACCUAUUGUAACAGUAGAUAAUAAAUUUUCAUUUUUAAAAAAUUCAACCAUAAAUGUGAACUCUUCUUUGUGGAAAAAUAAGACAUCCCCUGAAAAUAAGACCUAGCGCAUCUUUGGGAGCAAAAAUUAAUAUAAGACACUGUCUUAUUUUCGGGGAAACAGGGUAUGCAUAGGAAUCUCCUCCCUGUAUUGUGCUCUUUGGCCACUAGCGGGAGAUAGAGAGUCAUUAAAUAAUUCCCUUAAAGGGACAAUACCCAGACCUACCAGCAGAGGGAAGCAAAGAGUCAAUGAAUAAAUGUAUAGGAAUAUCCUCCUUGUAUUGCGCCCUUCAGCCACUAAGGGGAGAUAGAGAGUCAAGGAAUAUUUCCCUUGAAGGGAGCAAAACUUAGAUCUACCAGCAGAGGGCAAGAAAGAGUCAACGAAUAUACUGUAUAUGCAUAGGGAAUAUCCUCCCUGUAUUGCGCUCUUCAGCCACUAGAGGGAGAUAGAGAGUCAAGGCAUAUUUCCCUUGAAGGGAACAAUACUCAGACCGACCAGCAGAGGGCAGCUCUUUCAAAGUACAGUACUAAUUAAAACUUAAUUUUUCUGGCAUGAACUUUUGUUAUAAUGGAGGGAAAAUUGAGCCUGGGUAGGUUUAUUAUGAGUGUCUCUCUUCAGAAAUGUUUGCAAUGUACAAUAAUCCCUCCUUGCAAUGCAAAUGGCCACGGUUUGUGGUGGAUGAUGGUUUGGCCUUCCUCGAUCCUGCCCUUCUUUUCCGCCUUUAUUUUUUCCCAGCACAGAAAGCAAUAAGAACUGCAGGAAAUAAAAACAAAAACAAAAUACCAAUAAAAGGAAAUAUACAACCUUUGCCUUUGCAUGAGAAACUGGCUCCCUUUUCUCUCAGCAAUAAACUAACCAACCCCUCCUUCCCGUCAACCUGGUGCAAAGGGUUCAAACAAAUAUCUGGAAACAAUAAAGGGAAAACAAUUUCUUAUUAUUCUA